AUGGCCGCGACAAACUCGUCAGAAGCUCUCGUUUGUGAGUUCAUAGAACCCAACCCAGAUGUUACUGGCACGGGUAUUCGCGUGUCGAUUUAUACUCUUUGUCUUGCUGCGGGUAUCCUCAAAACCCUCAUUCAGCAUGUCACCAGCGCCGAGAAUUACGCGGAAUUCUGCCAAUCCUUGAACUCGGCUUUGCAACUCCAGGGCCUCGCACUCUUGUGUACGGCAAUUGUAGAGACAAUCGAGCGUCAAUUGACCUUGUUCCAUGCGCUGUGCAUCCUACAUUUGCUGUCUCUAUUGGGAUUUGGGUUGGUAGCGCAACGAAAGUACCAUGGUGGUGGACUCAAUAGGUGGCUUGUAUUGGCCUUCUCGCGGAUAUUAAUCGCCGGUGCAUUCGUGGCCCUUACAACAUACAUUUGGAUUACGGCGCCUACGUUUGGCUCGCAGCCCGAAUGCAAUGCCGAGACAAAAUACGUCGUUUUUGGUGUUAGUAUAAAUGCCACCAAUGACGUCUUCCGAUAUGUCUUGCUCGCUCUCAUGGCAGCCAUGGCUGUUGGUUGGGUUUUGAGUAUGGUGUUCGGUGUCUUCUUCGCGUCGUGUAUCUGCGGUGGUGCAAGAUCGUCUGCAAAACGACUGUAUGGUGGGAAUCAAGAUGUUGUUGUGCUCAAGAACGUGUGGGCCCGGGUUCGAGUCAGCGAUGCCAAAUACAAAGGAAGUAUCUUCAGUGGACAAAUCAUGGAGCUGUUAGUCCACACGGGCAUCAACGUCUAUAUGAUCGUGACAUUAGAGCAGAUGGUCCGCGUCAACAAACUCAGCGAAGAGGAGAGCGACUGGACAUUCGGGCAGAUCCUCGCAUUAUUCGUCUUGCUAGGAGUAGUUGUUGAGGUAAUCAACAUUCUGUUAUCCAAGCUAGAUAGUCGGUCGCGUGUCGGAGCUCCCGAAGAUGGCGAUACCAACUUGAGCCAUCCUAUGUCAGGAGGUGUGGGCAAUCAGCAAGGCAUGUUGCUCGAAUCUGAAUCAAUAGUUUAA